UUUGCACACUAAGCUGUAUUGCAAUACGACCGUUGGGCGAGGUAUCUUUGGCAUGGGCAUUUGACUAGACAAGCUCACACUAUAGUGUAUGCGAUUAUGCAACUUUUUCAAAAUUACAUACAAGCAGCGUAUGUGGAUCAAAGAAGACAAGCGUCGCUUUUCAACUUCUUGCUAAAAUUAUAGCAUAUGUCAAAGUUUUAGCGCAAUGCUUCCAUGUAUAGAUAUACUUCACUUUUAAUGAGAAUAGGUUAUGUUUAGGCAGCAUAAAUUUAUCAAAGAAACGCCGAAUCCGCAAUUAAAUAUUUUUUCCUCUUCUUUGACCUCUGAUUAUUUUGACCCAGCCUUAUUGAUCGAUUCCAUGCAUCCGCAGGAAACUUCGAAUUCUUCUCUCGAAGAAAGCCCUGUCGAUCCACAACAGAGUGCGAUGCAAAAUAAACAACCGGAGACGGAAAAAGACAGCAUGCUGUCUGCUAUAAAUUCUGGCAAUCCCAUCGAAAAACUCAAAGGAAGAAUCAUUGCUACGAACAAGCUGUUAAAGAUCUUGGAAAAUCUUAAAGAAGAAAAAAACCGCACCGCUGCUUUACAAGAUCAGUUGAAACAGCUGGAAACCUCCAACCUGCAUAUCAAUCAAACUUUGACAAAUCGUGAGAUGUAUAUCAAGCAACUGGAAGCCGCAGCAGAGGACCAAUCAAAGAAGCAGCAGUCAAAUAGUGCAGAAGUGACAAAGUUGAAGAAGGAAGUGGCAUCUUUGAAGAGCACUAAAGAAAGUGUUCAAACCUCGCAUCGAUCGCUACAAACCGAGCAUAUUACACUUAAGAAAGAAUACAACGAACUGAAGAAGGAACGAGAUGAGCUCGAGAAUAAAUACGACGCCUUAGAAGACGACAAAAUGGAGCUCAAUAUCAAUUACGAAAUGUUGCAAGGCAGUUUGAACGAUUCAAAACAAGAAGUCUCGAAGAUGCAAGCGGAAAAAGCAGAGCUCCAGGAACUGCAUAACAAAGUCAGUCAACUAGAGGCCGAGCUUAAAGAAAGAGACCGCGCUCCACCACCUCCAUCUCCACAACCACAGCCACGACCGCAACCACAAUCAGAAUCACAGCCACGACCGCUACCACAGUCACGACCGCAACCACAAUCACACCCACAUCUCGUAAGAGAGCUUAAAAAACGAGCUCUGGAAGUUCAAAAGCUUUCAGAAGAAAAGGUAAGCAAGUUGUAAAUGUGUUUAAAAGGCUCCGUAUGUUUCCGAUUUUGAUGCGUCCUCGCCGUCACCAGAACAUAGCGAUAUGAUGGACUCAUUCGACGAUGAUUCUGAAAAAUCACGAGAACCUGUAUUGCACAAAAUUCCUCCUUCUCGACCGCUAUUAACCGCAGCCGCCACGCCUUCAGCGGGUCCAGUAUCCCGGCAGGCAUCUCGACCGCUAUUAACCGCAGCCGCCACGCCUUCAGCG